AACUGGAGAGGUGUAGUUCUUCAUUUUCAGAAAAUAAAAUUGUUUUAUUAAGAAAAGAUGGCUUCCAAAGUGACAGAAAGGGCACUGAACUUAAUUAAGUCUAUGCCGCGAGUUGCCAUCAACAAUAUCAAGGAUCUUCCGAAAACAGCAUACAAAAAGCAAGUUGAUAGAAGUAGGAGAAGCAAGAAAAAAGGUAGAGGUGACAAGGGUCAAGGUGCUCGUGGAACUUGGGAUCCCCUUGGCUAUGAGGGAGGACAAAAUCCAUUAAUAGAUACAACCCCUUCAGAGAAAUAUUAUGGACAAUAUGCCAUUAGACGGCAGUAUCCACCAAUCAGUCUCCUGGAAAUGCAACGGUUAAUUGACCUAAAUAGGGUUGAUACAUCCCGCCCUAUAGACCUAGCAUCAAUCAGCAAUACAAGACUUUUCAAGUUUUUUCUUUCAAAAAAUCAUUUUGGUGUCAAUUUGACAGAGGAGGGUUGUGAUAAUUUUUGUGCGCAAGUGAACCUAGAAGUCCAGUGGACAACUGAGCUAGUGAUAGCUGCUGUUGAAAGGAAUGGAGGAACUAUCACAACACGUUACUAUGAUCCCCAGUCUCUGGCUGCGCUCUAUAAUCCACAAGCAUUUUUUGAAAAGGGUCUACCAAUACCUAAGUGCAAGCUUCCUCCACAGGAUGCACUAGAAUAUUAUUCAGACCCAGAGUUCAGAGGUUACCUAGCGGACCCAGAGAAAAUUCUAGAGGCCCGUGAAAAACUAGCGCAGAAAUAUGGGUAUAAACUGCCAGAGCCUGGUCCUCUGCAGUCUAUGUUGUUGAUGCGAAAAGAUCCGCUGCAAAUAUUUUAUGGAUUGGAGCCUGGCUGGAUAGUCAACUUGGCUGAAAAAUGUGUACUGAAACCUAAAGAUGAGGACUACUUAAGAUAUUACAAUAAAGUUUACUAGGAUAAUACAGUGUUUACUUUGCAUUGGUGAAUAAAUUUAAAAAGGUUUUAUUUAUCAUUACCAGUAAUACCAGAGCAUGUUAAUAAAUGCUUCUAUCACAACUCUUGAAUAA